AUGUCUGGCAAGCCAGUGUGCAUUGCAGAUUUUGAGGAGUAUGCUAAAACCUUUCUGCCCAAAUCAGUGUACGAUUAUUACUGCUCUGGGGCUGAUGACCAGGAAACACUGGCAGAUAAUGUCGCAGCAUUUUCCAGGUGGAAACUGUACCCCCGGGUGCUCAGGGACGUGUCGGUGAUGGACCUUUCCACCUCAGUGCUGGGGCAGAGGGUCACCAUGCCCGUGUGCGUGGCCGCCACCGCCAUGCAGCGCAUGGCUCACCCCCGCGGAGAGACGGCGACUGCCAGAGCGUGCCAGGCCGUGGGGACAGGGAUGAUGCUGAGCUCCUGGGCCACCUCUUCCAUCGAGGAGGUGGCUGAGGCAGCUCCAGGUGGCCUUCGCUGGCUGCAGCUGUACGUGUACAAGGACCGGGAGGUGACGGAGGCGCUGGUGAGGAGAGUGGAGAGAGCCGGAUACCGCGGGAUCUUCGUCACCGUGGACACCCCGUACCUGGGCCGGCGCCUCGCCGAUGUCCGCAACAAAUUCCAGCUGCCCCCGCACCUCAGCUUAAAAAACUUCUCGAGCAGUGACCUGGCAUUUUCCUCAGGAAAAGACAUUGGAGCAAACAGCGGGCUGGCUAUGUACGUUGCUGAGGCCAUUGAUGCCACCCUCAGCUGGGAGCACAUCAGGUGGCUGCGGGGGCUGACCUCGCUGCCCAUUGUGCUCAAAGGGAUCCUCAGGGCUGAUGAUGCCCAGGAAGCUGUAAAGAUUGGGGUAAAUGGGAUCCUGGUGUCAAAUCAUGGAGCACGACAGCUUGAUGGGGUCCCUGCUACUAUUGAUGUGUUGCCUGAAAUCGUGGAGGCUGUGCAGGGGAAGGUGGAGGUGUUCCUGGAUGGUGGUGUGAGAAAAGGCACGGACGUUCUCAAGGCAUUGGCUCUUGGUGCCAAAGCUGUUUUCAUCGGGAGACCUGUCCUCUGGGGAUUAGCUUAUCAGGGUGAAGAAGGAGCAAAAGAAGUUCUCCAGAUGCUGAAGGAAGAGUUUCGCCUGGCAAUGGCACUGACAGGAUGCCGGAGAGUAGAAGAAAUUGGCAGGACGCUGAUCCGAAGACAUCGAGUAUUGUUUUCCAAGAUUUAGGUCUGAAGACUCUUGCCUUGUGGGUUGCCUGUUGUGCUUCCAGACAAAAUCCAACUGCAUUCCCUCUGUGGGCCUCCUCCUGCAAUCCUGACUGAGGGAAUGCUCUGCUUUGUAGGAGAUCACUUGUUGAGGAAAGAACUGAAAGCAAAUUUUACAGGUGUUUCCAAAUCUCUCAGGCUCUUAAGGAGAGCUGCUACACUGGGAGGUGUGAUUAGAGAUGGGCCUUUAUCCAAGACCAGCACAGAAACUUCAAUGUGUAUUUGCAAAUGUUGAUAAUUAAUUUCUA